AAAAAGGUGAAGAGUAUGGACUUGACUUCACCAAAAAAUGGAAGGACCAAAAAGAACGCCUAACAUUCUGCAACAAUGUAUCAAAUCAACCCAUAGCACUUGGGCUAUAUGCCAGGAUUCAGAUAAAACAAAGAACUUCGAUGAAUGUAUACAUAAUAAUUAUUGGAGAGAAAAUGGCUCGACGGGCCUUGGCAUUCAAAUACCUUUAUAGAAAGAAAGAACCCCAGAUCACCAAAUAUAAUACGGAUGAAUUAACAAAUUUAUUAAUGGAUAAUGUCAUCUAUUCAUCUGAACUAUCAGACCCUUGUAAGGCUAUGGAUGAGAGAGAACAAUUCUCAAAAACGUCCCGUAGAAGAUCACAUACGUUGAGAGUUCAGAGACCUAAAGGUAUACCCAAUUGGGCAGCAGGUGGAGAAAAUGAAGAAAUUUAUUCUAGUGAGGAUGGUAAUGAUGGUGGUGAAAAUGGGGGUGGUAGAAAUGGUGAUGACAAAGCAAGUGGUAAAAGAUUAGCUUCUGAUAUUAUAGUAGAACGACCAAUAUAA